AUUUGACAUUGACCACAAAACUUUCGAAGUCGUUGGUCUGUUCAGUCGCGGUUCGCUUUCUCCGUCUGUCUCAGGUGUCGGCAUUUCAUUCUAUUUUCCGAGGAAUCUCAUCAUAUCCUUACACAAUGUCUGCACUGCCACUACUGACCUCUGAUCCUGUCUAUCAGCAAAUCAAGGAAUACCACAGCAAACACGGAGCCGAUAUUAACAUCAAACAACUUUUCGAAAAGGAUUCGUGCCGGUUCGCAAAGUACAGCUUGAGGCUUCAAACACCUAACGACGGUGACAUUUUAUUGGACUACUCAAAAAAUCGCAUUACUGAAGAAGUAUGGGGCCUUCUAUUAAAAUUGGCGGAAAGUCGAAAAGUCUUAGAAGCUCGCGAUGCAAUGUUCGCUGGCGAAAAAAUCAACAUAACCGAAGAUCGAGCUGUUUUACACACAGCCCUCCGCAAUCGUUCCAAUAAUCCAAUUCUAUUCGAAGGCAAAGAUGUAAUGCCCGAAGUUCGUGCCGUUCUCGACCACAUGAAAGAUUUUACAAAUCAAGUUUUAUCUGGACAAUGGAAAGGAUGCACAGGAAAGAAAAUCACAGAUGUCGUGAAUAUUGGUAUUGGUGGUUCUGAUUUGGGGCCAUUAAUGGUCACAGAAGCUUUGAAACCUUACUGCAAGGGAUUGAAUACGUACUUCGUUUCAAAUAUUGAUGGCACACACUUAGCUGAGGUUUUGAAGAAAGUCAGUUAUGAAACCACAUUGUUUAUUGUAGCAUCGAAAACGUUUACUACCCAAGAAACCAUUACUAAUGCUACAUCGGCAAAGAGAUGGUUGAUUGAGCAUUCACAGAAUGAAAAUGCUGUCGCUAAGCAUUUCGUCGCCCUUUCUACGAAUGCUGAGAAAGUGUCGGCUUUCGGUAUCGACUUGCAAAACAUGUUUGGCUUUUGGGAUUGGGUUGGAGGUAGAUAUUCACUGUGGUCUGCUAUUGGCUUGUCGAUUUCUUUGUCUAUUGGUUUCGAUAACUUCGAACAACUGCUGGAGGGAGCUUUCUUCAUGGAUGAGCACUUUAAAACUGCUCCUCUAGCCAAGAAUACUCCAGUUAUACUCGCUUUACUCGGCAUCUGGUACUCGAAUUUCUAUAACGCAGAGACCCAUGCCCUCUUGCCAUAUGAUCAAUACUUACAUAGAUUCGCUGCCUAUUUCCAACAAGGCGAUAUGGAAAGUAAUGGAAAAUUUGUAACUAAAGGAUCGCAGGAAGUUGACUUCAGCACUGGACCAAUUGUUUGGGGUGAACCUGGCACAAAUGGACAACAUGCCUUCUAUCAACUUAUUCAUCAGGGAACUCGUCUAAUUCCCUGUGAUUUCAUUGCUCCUGCAGUCUCACAUAACCCAAUUGCCGGAGGUGCACAUCACAAAAUUUUAUUGGCCAACUUCUUAGCUCAAACCGAGGCUUUGAUGGCCGGAAAGUCACCCGAGCAAGCGAAGGCAGAAUUGGAGAAAGCAGGGGUUACUGGAGCAAAACUGGAUAAACUGUUACCCCAUAAAGUAUUCAAGGGAAAUCGACCAACGAAUUCGAUCGUGGUUAAAAGGGUAACUCCCUUCACUUUAGGCGCAUUGAUUGCUUUGUACGAACACAAAAUAUUCACACAAGGCAUUAUUUGGAACAUCAACUCGUUCGAUCAAUGGGGUGUUGAGUUGGGUAAACAAUUGGCAAAGGCUAUCGAACCAGAAUUGGUUAAUACUGAUCCGGUUUCAUCACAUGAUGGCUCGACAAAUGGAUUAAUUAACUUCAUUAAAUCGAAUUGGUAAACGAUAGAUGUUUACCAGCAGAAGCAAAAACUACACGCAUACUGCUUAUGUCAAAUAGUUUUAGAAAUGGAAUCUUAAAAAUACAUUCAAAACAGUACCCCGAGUAAAUGUUCUUUGUUUAAAGAAAAGAAAAGUUCUAGGUUAUAUGCUUUUUGUAUAUGUGUUUUAUUUUAAUUGUUUGUUUUUUUAUUAUGUGUCAUGAUUAAACUUAUUAAAAUAUAUUGAACCUGUAGACUGUUGAA